AACCCCCACUCUCUUCUCCCCACCCGCUUUAUUUGCCACUCAACGUCCGUCGUCCACGACUGAACGCAGUACAGUCGAGAUAGGUCGGCGACAGCGACCACCUCUACCCUAAUCACUUAGAAAAUCAAUUCCAUAAAACAGUAGGUCGCGACGAUGGCCCAGACGUACUUACCACUACGUCAGAAGACCGCGUCGCCGGUGUCUUCUCCCACCCUUGAGGUCGCGGAGAAGCAAUUUAAUGCGGAGGACGUACAGGAGGCUUUUAUUAAACAGAAGAAAAGUCUCAUCCAAGCCAUCGACGACUCCAAGGUUAUCUUGGGCGAUGUUCGCGAGUUCAACAAGGACGGUUGGAUUUUCCGUUACCCGACCUUCCGCCAUGAAUCCUUUGAAUCCUCGCCAUCGCAAACGCAAAAGCGUCCGUCGGUUAUGCGACGCUCGAUGACUUUCUUGGAUGACCCAAAGAGCGAAACUAAAGUCGUUCUUAAGAAAACGAUGCGGCCUGGCCAGGCUCGCUCUGUGUCGUUGGCAUCAGUUAAGGAUGCUAUGGACGAAGAGAAAGAAGACGAUGAAGAAUUGGACACCGCUCGUCUCGUUCCGUCCAAGAGCGACCUUGAUUUCCAUGUCUUGCGCCUCGACCUCAAGAUGGGUCCGCACGGCUCAUCUGCAACGGCCGCUUCUCUCGUUUCGCAGCUCGAAAAGUCAUCCAUUGCCAAUUUGCUCGAAGACAGAAUUGACGCGUCGCUCAAGCAUAUUGACAAGUUGCGCGUUCGUGUGGAGGACACUUCGUCGAAAGUUCUUGUGACUGGAGACCUCAACGCAGGGAAGUCUACUCUUGUCAAUGCGAUUCUCCGACGCGAGGUCAUGCCUGUGGAUCAGCAGCCCUGCACGACUGCCUUCUGCGAGGUUCACGAUGCAGCGGAGAACGACGGAAAGGAGGAAGUUCAUGUCCUCACAGUCACGGACGCAAGCAAAUACUCACCGAAAGACGAGUCCUCGUUUACGCGCAUGUCUAUUGAUGACCUUGAUGAUCUCAUCUCGGACAACGAAGAUAGCCAACAAAUGGUGAAGGUCUAUAUCAAUGAUCCUCGCCAGGCGGCUGAGUCGUUCCUCAACAAUGGUAUUGCUGACAUCUCACUCAUCGAUGCACCCGGUCUCAACCGUGAUAGCGUCAAGACGACUGCGCUGUUCGCCCGUCAGGAAGAGAUUGAUGUCGUUGUUUUCGUCGUCUCUGCUGAGAACCACUUCACUCUUUCGGCAAGGGAGUUCCUUGAGACAGCAAGCCGGGAAAAGGCAUACCUAUUCAUCGUCGUUAAUAAGUUCGAGGGUAUUCGCAACAAGGAUAAAUGCAAGCGUCGGGUCCUUGAACAGAUUAAGGAGCUUAGUCCCCGUACGUAUGAAGAUAACGGAGACCUCGUCCAUUUCGUCGAUUCGGCUUCCGUACUUGGCGUGAACCCCGCAAACCCGGCGUUCAAAUCACUCGAGUCGUCCUUGCGCUCCUUCGUGCUCCUCAAGAGAUCAAAGUCGAAACUUCACCCAGCUGCGACAUAUCUCACGCAUUUGCUUUCUGAUGUCGAUCUUCUUGCGGGUGCCAAUGCUAUCCUUGCGAAGGCGGAGCUUGAGAAGGCAAGGGAUGAUCUUAGCCGGGCUAGGCCAGUAUUGGAGAAGAUGAAGAAUGGCCGUUCUGGUCUUGAGGAGAGCCUGGAACAAGUCGAAGAUGACAAGACUGCUGGUGCUAGCCGUAUGACAACAGACAAACUCUCGCAUGCACUCGAUCGUGUAGGUUCUGGCGAGCUAGCCGUUGGGGACGCGCUUGUGACCAUGCCAUCUUACCCCGGUAUUCUUCGUAUCUGGGAAUACGUCCAUGACGUCCGAAAGGCACUACUCGCGAGUCUUGAUGCUGCAGUUAAACUUGCAGAAGACGAGGCUCGUGUAUUGACUGGUGAUGGCGUGAAGGAUAUUUCAGCGCUCGGUGAUCGCUUCCUGCCUGAAGGCGUUCAACGUUCUCGUAGGGUGUUCAUGCCCGAGGCAAUGUUUGCGCGUCACCGUUCUUCGAGGAACGGUAAAGCCCGUCGUGGUUCAAGUGGUGCAAUUGUUGCGGGCGGCGUGUACGGACUUGGUAUUGGUCUUUCUCAACGAUCCGAGUUGCUUGAGCCCUCAGUACUCGACAUCAUCGACUUCACUCAUUAUUACAACGAGUACUUCGGUGACAAGGAAUCAAAGGAUCUCGUCGUUUCGGAGAAAGAUGACGAAAGUGUAAUAAGCGCACUCAGCGUCAUGUCCCUAGCGCUCGGUGGAUUAAGCAUGGUCGGCGGCAAAGCACUCGGCAUAACCAGCAUCAUCGAAGGCGCAGCUCGUCUUUCAGAGUUCUUCGGUAACGAGAAAGCAAGGAAAUGGGCUGCACCCGUUCUUGGUGCAGUGACAAUCGGCCUUGGUGUAUACCUUAUUAUCGAACUUCCAAGUAGCGUUCCACGUACGGUUGGUCGACGUGUCCGUGCCUCGCUCGUACACCCAGAUGAAUCGGGUGUGACGUUCGUUGGCGUACAUUCCGCUCGUAUAUCGCGCGAGACGCGUAAGGUAUUGAGACUUGCAGCGUACGAACAGCGUGAACGGUUCCGACAAACUAUGGAGACUAGUGAGAAGGAGGUGCAGACUGCUGAGCGGUUAGAAUGCCAGGCAGAGAAAGCUCUUGCCUGGUUUGGUGAUGUGCAAGAUCGCACUGGGAACGUACGUGCGGAAGUCGAGGCCAUCGGCGAGCUCUGAGGGAAGGGAUUCUGGAUUUCGACUUCAUAAGUAUCCAUGCAACGAUUUCAACGCUCACCUUGCGGUUUUAUUCUUUAUCAGUAAUUCUUCACUCUUCAACUUCCCUUUACUGCUCCACCAAAUCAAAUUACAUUGCAUUUUCUCCGACUUGCAAUUUUUUCUUUCUUUCAAAAGUUAUCCCAUUCUUCGAAGCAAGUCAGGGGCGUUUCAAAUUCAACUUUCAAUAUACAGUACGAUAUUUACUUUAUUUUCUUCGUCCAUGCACCGUAAAAUGGUUUUAAACGCUCCUUUUUCUUCCUUUUUUAAACCCCUUUAUCCUCACUCACCCCUGCUCAUUCAUUCUACUUUACUUUAGAGUGGGGAGGGAAGAGGAGGAAACGGGAAAUGAAACGAAAUGUGCUCUCUUGCGUCGUGCUGUUAUGUCAGACAUGGACAGACGCUCAGUGCACGCGAGUAUGUUGCUCUGUAAUGAAUUGAUAGAUGAAUAGCUACUAUAGGCAUGCAAUUGUGUUUCCAGUUUAUUCGACGACAUAAAUAUCCAACAAGAUAACAGUAAC